AAAUCGAAGCAUCAAUGUUGUUUGACAUUCUAUAUUCAUAUACUCCUCGCGUAGAAAAUUAAGAUGACGUGGGAAUUUUUGCGGACCCACCGAUGAUAACAAAGAAUCACGUAAGAUUUACUCCUGGAGAAGGUAACCUGGAGAAAAUUGGUUUUCGAAAAUUCCUUCCCAUUUGUUCUAUCAUCCAGAUGUUCCCCAAACACUUCAAGAAAGAAAAACUUGGGAACGAGGGCGAAAGAAUUCACAUAUUCGUUUCACGUUAAGAUAUAAGAAUUAUCUAACUUCCUUUUUUUUAAGAGAAAGAAAAUGUUGCCAUCGGAGAACUUAACGAAGACGUAUCCACCAUUGUUGAACCACCCAUGAUGAUAAGGAAUCGUAGAGGAUUGACUCUUCGAAAAGAGGAAGGAUAUCUUGCCAUGGAAGAAAUUUACGAUGACGUAUCCACCACUGUUGAACCCCCCAUGAUAAAAAGGAAUCAUAGAGAAUUGACUCCUGGAAAAGAUGAAAACAACAAAGAUGCCACAGCUUCUAAAAUCGUAACCAGUAAUGGAGCAUCACUGAGUGUAAAAGGCGUUACCUUGACAUUUCCUCCUGGAGCCGUGAAAGAUCCUGUCACCAUCCAACUUACUUUGGAGGAACCUUACGGGUACUGUUACCUAAUUGCUCGUUGUGGUCUCCAGAACGAUUUGAUAUUUGUUGCUCCUAUUGUCAACUGUCAACCUAAUGACCAGAAAUUCAAAACCCAUAUCACUGUGGAGGUCACAUUGAACGGCAAAAGAGCGAAUUCACAUGGUGAUCUCCUCGUCUUACAUGGAACUCGGACCGGUCAAAGCCAAAAGCCAAAUUGGGAGGACAUCACUGAUAAGUCCAAAUUUGAUUUUGAAACGAAGGAACUAAAAGUUAAGGUCAGUCAUUUUUCAUUGAUUGCUGUUCUGGCGAGGUUAACAUGGGUACGCACUAAAGAAAUUGUGACCCGACUGAACCUCAUGCCCUUCAACUACAAGUUGUCUGUCCUCCUCAAGAGUAAUCGGCAACAAUGCCCCUUUGACGAGCUUGCCCUUGCGUUCAUGAGCCAAGACACGUACCAGGAGGAGUACUACAGAGAUCAUGAUGAUUAUGCCAUAAUGCGGCUCAAAAAAGAUGGAUUCGAAGAACUUUCUAUUGACUGUAGAAAUUCACAGGAAAAAAACUGCAUUUACAACAAGGAAAUCUUAACAAUCUCAAUUCAACUCGGGGAGGAUUACAAACCGGCAAAUAACCAGCAAGAAUGCUUUAAAGUUGUGGUGGAUUCUACUGCUUGGUGGAAUGCUGGACAUGUGAUCAAAUUACCUUUACAAGUUUCUAACGCGAAUUCCAAAAUUUUUUAUGGAAAGAUCCUUGUGAAAGGCGAAUAUGGGCACGUUCGCGAGAACAAGUUUUGCCAACAAGAUCUGUGUGGCUACGUGAGACACGUUCUUGCUGUGAAGAGGGCAAUUUUCGACGUUAAGUCCGUAGCUCAAAAGCUCGAAUUACCCGUUGAAACUCAGCAACAAGUUGUUGCAUGUUGGCAAGGAGAGGAAGAACAACUGGAACUUGCAAUACAACACUGGAGGGAAAAGCAUGGGGAUGCAGCAAAUCCGAACAAUCUAAAAAGAGCCCUUGAGGAGCUAGAACCUGAAGAAUUUAAGGUGAAAGAGAGGGGGCAAAUGCACAUUGAACACUUGAGAGACCUGGCAUUUAAAAUCGCAGGUUUAAGACAUCAGGAUUCUGACCUUAUGAAAUAUUUUGGUCGCGAAGUAGAGAUGCUUUGUAGCGCAGUUUUGAGAGACUGCUGUAUUGAGAACGCAACCUCCAAAGGAGAGGUGGAAUCAGCAACUCAAACAGAGAAUUUUGCCUCUGUUCUUGUGAUGAAAAGGCGACUACCCGAGAGCGUUGGAAAGAUGUGCACGCAUAUGUUCUCAUCUCAAGAGGAUGAAUUCAUUACAAGCAGUUUCCUAUGCAUUGUUUCUGAGUUCAUCCAAGCCAUUAAAGAAAUCUUCCGAGAGGAAAAAAUUCAACGAACACCGAGUGGAUUAAGAGGAGUAACAGAGGAAGCAACUCUCCAAAACGUUACUUCAGUCAUUCAAGGUGCUGCUCAUGAAAAUAAUAUUUUCAAACUUCUGAAUGAGGUGUGCUACAUUCUCGAGAUUCUGUGUCGAAACAACAACAACGAUGACCGACAAGAAGAAUCGCGGAUACAAAGAUGGGGUAGUGGUGUUAUGAUGGGUGACAUGUUGGAAUUUCUGGAAGGGUUCUUUCAAAGCACUGAAGCACGUAGAUUAUACAAAAGAUUGGAUUUGUUUUCCGUCUCUUUGAGAGACAUCAUAAAAAACCCUACAGAUUUUGAGGGAAGCUUCUUACGUGAUUUCCAUAAUGUUGCAGUAAGUUUGCUGAAGUUCGCCAAGUUUGAUCCAUCACACCUUGUGCAAUUUGAACUAAAGGAUCCAACUAACUCGAUCAACAAACAGACAAGAGAUGACAUAAAGUACGAUAUGUCGAAAGAAAUAUAUUCUCAGCUCUUUUGGAUGAUCAAAGAAAGCGAGGAAAUAUUGCAACUUGAGGCCACUGCGCAUGUUCACAUUGGAGGACAUCUUCUUACAAUUGGAGCAUUUGAAGCAGUGAUCGUCCUUCCUGAGUCAAGAAGUGAGGUUGUUGAAAAUGCUCCCAUUACUUCUUUUCCAGUCUCAUUCAAAAGUGAAACUGACGGAGACUCAGGCAACCUUCAAGUUACUCUAUAUUCUACGCAGAAAGACGACAUCAGCAAGGCUCUGGAAUAUUUGCAGAUCUUCUCAGAACAAACAGAAAUUAAGGAAACCAGCCUCAAACUUGUGAACGUCGCCAGAGCAGGGACAGACGUCAGACUACGUUUGAUUCACAGAUGGGGAUCAGGGACCAUAGAAGUUGAAAGCAAUAGUUUUGAGCCUCAGCCGCUUGGAUAUUCAUCUCCCGAAGCUCAACAAAAUUUGGAAAUAACAGAUGAGUCUGAUCAACCAGCGGUGAGGGAAUCGUCACUUUUAUCAGGAACAAGCGAGCGCUUUGCGGAUAACCACAACAGUGGCAGCAACUUCAUGACUGGCUCAUCAAGUGCUGAACUGAUUCCUUUCCCGCCGUCGACAACAAUGCCAACGGUAAUAAACGUUAAUAACUAUUUUAAUCACACUGUCAACAUGGAGGGUCACGUUUGUGUGGCUGGAGAGAACCCAAGUCUAAACGUUCAAGCACCUUCAUCUGCAGUACAGCGUUUUCUAGAGGCUGGACCGGGUGCUGCCACAAACAGAAGUAUAACUGAAGGGGCUAAUGAAGACUCAUGAAGUGAAUCGAUAGCCUUGGAAAGAAAUAUAUAUUGCUGAGUUCUGAUAGGGAGUUCUCUUUAUCUAGAAAUAUAGAUUAAACCCUUUAUUACGGUUGAGAAAAAUAGCGACCAAUUCAAUUUUCUCGUCUUAGAAAAGUAGAUGAAAUAUUAAAGGUGAUUUUCUAGACAUGGCUAGUAUAUACAUCUGUUUUCAAUUUGAAAAUAUAAGUUUAUAUAUAGACCUUUUCUUUUCUCGCUUAAAAGGUGAUGGACGAUGCACCUAUAUUUCACAUCGAAGGAGCAAUACCUUUUUUGUUAUUGCUCGAUGGUGAAACAAAGACUUUGGAAAUUUUGGCCGCAGCUAUGGCACUUUCCUUUUGAAAAAUUGUCCCCAUAAUCACUAUUUAUUCUGUCGACACCUUUUUUAAUGAAAAAGAAAAGGUGUAUAUAUUUCAUAUAUAUUUUCAAAUCGCAAUGUUUUUGAAAACAGGUGUAUACAACAUAUAUAAAAUUGAUUAGCCUAGAGUCUUGCACCGAGAGACAAGCGAUUUAUUAAUCUAUAACACCUCGAUGAACUACAAUAUUUUUUACAACAGCUAGUACAUGUAAACAGUUUUAAGCUUUAGAGAUCUUGUGAGUACUGAAUUUCAUUUUAGCAUCAAAUCGAAUUAAGCAACAUAUUAUCUACGAUUAUCCUUUGAGGCGAGUGCUAUUUUAAUCUGAGAAUAAUUUGAUUUUCGACUCUGAAGUUUUGGUAAGAUUAUUAUGGCCAGAAAUCUUUACCCUGAGCAGGCACGGUUGUUGAUGCCUCAUCUGCUGAGCGAUGAAGUAGACCACGUGACUCUACGCUUGACUGUAGAAUAUUUGGUUUUGAUUACUGAAAUAUUAUGAUGAUUUUCGUCUCUCGGGAUUUGAUCUGAGACUUCUGAGUGCCGAGUACAUGGUUGAUCAAUAUCAGAGAGACUUUUGAUUCAAAAGGAACCAAUUAUAACACGUUGCUAUUACCCGCCUCAUUAACAAUUUGUAGCAGUAGCUUUAACAGGUAAUUAUUGUCGCAUAAAGUAUCCCAUCUAAGCUGGGUUUAGAAAACUGACAUACGCGUUUAAGGAACCUGAAACUGGCCAACUAUUUUUAGCCGUGUGGUUCUUUAAAAGCCCGUUAGAACUGAUUGUGAGCCCCGUUAGCUUGAAAAAGAUUUCGAAGCAAUUACAUAUUAUGACUGUA